ACGGGUUUAUGUACGAAUAUUUGAUACGGCGAUCUGGCAACAUUUUUCUUUUUUUUUUUAGCCCACGCCAUUUCAUCCUGUUCCGUCGUUGUCUCAAACGUGCUUUUAGCAAAAGAACGUGUUUUAACCAUGGCCGAUGAUCAGAAACCUGAUGCAGGUGAUGCUGGAUCUGAAUACAUCAAAUUGAAAGUUGUGGGCCAGGAUUCAAAUGAAAUUCAUUUUCGAGUAAAGAUGACGACACAAAUGGGCAAACUCAAAAAGUCCUACAGUGAAAGAGUGGGAGUACCUGUGACUUCUUUGAGAUUCUUGUUUGAUGGAAGACGAAUUAACGAUGAUGAAACACCUAAACAGUUGGAAAUGGAGAAUGAUGACGUCAUUGAGGUUUACCAAGAACAAACUGGUGGCAAUUAAAGAACCUCGAUGCAUCAAAAGGAAACUUUCAAGUUUUCUAGACAAAGUGUCUUUUAAUUUCCAAUGU